GCGAGGCUUGCUGAAGCGAAGCGGCGGCCGGGCCGGGCCGGGCCACAGGCAGUGGCGGCGGGACCAUGGAGGCGGCAGCCGCUGCUCCGCGUCGCCGCUUGCUUUUCCUCGUGUUGGCGGCGGCGGCGGCGGCGACAGUGCUCCCGGGGGCGACGGCAUUACAGUGUUUUUGCCACCUGUGUACAAAAGACAAUUUUACCUGUGUGACAGAUGGACUCUGCUUUGUCUCUGUCACAGAGACUACAGAUAAAGUUAUACACAAUAGCAUGUGCAUAGCUGAAAUUGACCUAAUUCCUCGAGAUAGGCCAUUUGUAUGUGCACCUUCUUCAAAAAGUGGAGUUACUACUACACCAUAUUGCUGCAAUCAGGACCACUGCAAUAAAAUAGAGCUCCCAACUACUGUGAAGCAAUCACCUGGCCUUGGUCCUGUCGAGCUGGCAGCUGUCAUUGCUGGACCAGUCUGCUUCGUCUGUAUCUCACUCAUGUUGAUGGUCUAUAUCUGCCAUAACCGCACUGUCAUUCACCAUCGAGUGCCAAAUGAAGAGGAUCCUUCAUUAGAUCGCCCUUUUAUUUCAGAGGGUACUACAUUAAAAGAUUUAAUUUAUGAUAUGACAACAUCGGGGUCUGGAUCAGGUUUACCGUUGCUCGUUCAGAGAACAAUUGCAAGAACUAUUGUAUUACAAGAAAGUAUUGGCAAAGGGCGAUUUGGAGAAGUCUGGCGAGGAAAAUGGCGGGGAGAAGAAGUUGCUGUGAAGAUAUUCUCCUCUAGAGAAGAGCGUUCAUGGUUCCGUGAGGCAGAGAUUUAUCAAACUGUAAUGUUACGCCAUGAAAACAUCCUGGGAUUUAUAGCAGCAGACAACAAAGACAAUGGUACAUGGACUCAGCUCUGGUUGGUGUCAGAUUAUCACGAGCAUGGAUCCCUUUUUGAUUACUUAAACAGAUACACAGUUACUGUGGAAGGAAUGAUCAAACUCGCUUUGUCCACAGCAAGUGGUCUUGCCCAUCUUCACAUGGAGAUUGUUGGUACCCAAGGAAAACCAGCCAUUGCUCAUAGAGAUUUGAAAUCAAAGAAUAUCUUAGUGAAGAAGAAUGGAACCUGCUGUAUUGCAGACUUAGGACUGGCAGUAAGACACGAUUCAGCCACGGAUACAAUUGAUAUUGCUCCAAACCACAGAGUAGGAACAAAAAGGUACAUGGCCCCUGAAGUUCUAGAUGAUUCCAUAAAUAUGAAACAUUUUGAAUCCUUCAAACGUGCUGACAUCUAUGCAAUGGGCUUAGUAUUCUGGGAAAUCGCUCGACGAUGUUCCAUUGGUGGUAAAUUGCUCUCCUUUCCCCCAACAGUUUGUCCUAAAUAG